AUGACUAUGGGAAAGAUAAUCUUCUUCGAGGACAGGAACUUCCAGGGUCGCUCUCAUGAGUGUAACAGCGACUGUGCCGACCUGCACUCCUACUUCAACCGCUGCAACUCCCUCAGGGUUGAGAGCGGCUGCUUCAUGGUCUACGAGCGCCCCAACUACAUGGGAAACCAGUACUUCGUGAGGAGGGGAGAGUACCCCGACAACCAGAGAAUGAUUGGCAUCAACGACUGCAUCAGGUCCUGCCGUAUGAUCCCCAUGCACCGCGGCAACUACAAAAUGAGAAUGUACGAUCGUCCUGACAUGGGCGGCCAGAUGAACGAGCUGAGCGACGACUGCCCCAAUGUCCAGGACCGUUUCCGUAUGUCCGACAUCAACUCCUGCAACGUGAUGGACGGCCACUGGCUGAUGUACGACCAGCCCAACUACAAGGGAAGGCAGUACUAUGUGAGGCCCGGUGAGUACAGGAGGUUCAGCGACUGGGGAGGUCAGAGCCCCAAGAUCGGCUCCCUCAGAAGGAUCACCGACUUCAACUAA